CCCGGAGGCCCCGCCCCGCAGCGGCAGGCCCGGAGCGCAGCGCAGCGCAGCGCAGGGCUCGGAGCGGCGCGGCCCGCGGCAGCCAGCGCCGAGCGCCGGCGGGCACCAUGUCGCACGAGAAGAGCUUCCUGGUGACGGGCGAGGGCUUCGCGCCGCAGCCGCCGCAGCAGCCGCAGCAGCCCGCCGCGCCGCCGGCCUACGCGCAGCCCCCCUACCCCGCCGGGCCCUACCCGCCGCCGCAGUUCGCCCCCGCGCCCUACGGCCAGCCCGCCUUCGCCCCCGCGCCCGGGCCCUACCCCGCCGCCGGGCCCUACCCGCCGCCCGGGCCCUACCCGCCGGGGCCCUACCCGCCGCCCGGGCCCUACCCCCAGGGCCCCUACGCCCAGCCGCCCUACGCCCAGCCCCAGCCCAUGGUCCCCGGCGACCAGGACUCCCCCCUGCACAGCACCUACCACGAGGAUGGGCCGCCGUCCUACUACGACAACCAGGACUUCCCCACCGCUCACUGGGAUGACAAGAGCAUCCGGCAGGCCUUCAUCCGCAAGGUGUUCCUGGUGCUGACUCUGCAGCUCUCGGUCACCUUCGCCUUCGUGGCCGUCUUCACCUUCGUGAAAGGCGUGCGGGGCUUCGUGCAGCGCAACGUCUGGACGUACUACGUCUCCUAUGCCGUCUUCUUCAUCUCCCUCAUCGUGCUCAGCUGCUGCGGGGACUUCCGCCGCAAGCACCCCUGGAACCUCGUGGCCCUGUCCAUCCUGACCGUGAGCCUGUCCUACAUGGUGGGGAUGAUCGCCAGCUUCUACAACACGGACGCUGUCAUCAUGGCCGUGGGCAUCACGGUCGUCGUCUGCUUCACCGUCGUCAUCUUCUCCCUGCAGACCAAGUACGACUUCACCUCGUGCCGGGGCGUGCUCAUCAUCUGCCUCGUCGUGCUCAUCCUCUUCUCCAUCCUCUGCAUCUUCAUCCGGAACCGCAUCAUGGACAUUAUCUACGCCUCCCUGGGGGCCCUGCUCUUCACCUGCUUCCUGGCAGUGGACACGCAGAUGAUCCUGGGCAACAAGCAGCUGGCGCUCAGCCCCGAGGAGUACAUCUUCGCUGCCCUCAACCUCUACACAGACAUUAUCAACAUCUUCCUCUACAUCCUGGCCAUCAUCGGCAGGGCCAAGGAGUAGCGUCCCCACCGCCGCGAGUAGUCCUGCCCGCGCCGGCCUCGCUGCGCGCGUCGCGGUCCCCCCCCCCCCCCCCCCGCCUCCCGCAGCGGUUUUGGUUUGGUGUUCUCAUUGCAUCCCGUUGUCUGUUCUCGUGUUCUAGUUUCUUUGACCCCGGCCGCCUCCCUGGCUCCUGCCAGCAGAGGCUCUGGCCCGGCGGGGCUGGCUGGGCUGGGGGGGGAGAGGACGGGGUGCCCCCGCGGCAGCAGGGCCUGUCCGCGCUGCCCCUUGCGCAGGGCGGGCCGUGCUUGCCUGCACGCGUCUUGCUGCAAGGAGUGCUGCCCCUCCCGGCCCCCCCACUGCCGCCGCGGCCCCCGGGGCAGCUCUGUUCCGACCCUCUGCUUCCUCCCCGCUGUGAAUAAGGCACGUCCCGUCCCGUACCGCCCCGUCCCGCCCCGUCCCGUCCCGUCCCUCGCGGUGAAUGAAGACUGGAAGCACUUUCUCGCCCGGUGGUGGAGCUCACUCAUCCCUCCGUCCUUCCUGCCACCGCGCACGCUCUGCCCCGCGCCCCGGCCUCUCCCCACGGCUGCGCCGGGCCGGCGCCGGCAGCCCCCGAGCUCCCCAACACCCCCCGGCUCCAGCCAGGGCUGAGGGCUGCGUCCUGCCCCCCGGGCGGGCUUGGCGGGGGGCCCCAGCGCUCCCCUGGGCACCUCGGCAGGGCUGGGCACGGCUAGAGCAUCCCCCAGGGUUGUCCCCCCCCCCCCCGCCGCGGUGCCCGCGGGGAGCAGAGCGCUGUCCCCGUCCCUCCCCGGGCCGGGAGGCUCUGUCCUCGCCCCAGCUCUGUGGCUCCAACUCCUGCUGUUAAUAAAACUCCGUCUAGUUGA